AUGUUGGCCCGAUUAGCCUUGGUCACGACAUCUGCAAUCGCUCUGCUGCUAUGGCUGGCAUACUCCUGGACCACAACCAAGAGACGAAAUCUGCCUCCAGGACCGCCUCGCCUUCCAAUAAUCGGUAAUCUUCAUCAAGCACCUCAAAACUACCCGUGGCGCACAUACCAGGAGUGGACGAAGCAGUAUGGGCCAAUCUUCAGCCUCCAGUACGGUCUCAACACCGUCAUCAUGCUGGGAAAUCAUGAAGCAGCACAUCAUCUCCUCGACAAACGAAGCAACAUCUACAGCUCUCGACCACGAGUUGUCAUGGGCGGAGAAUGCGUCAGCAAAGGAUUCAGACCCUUGCUCAUGCCGUAUGGACAAAGAUGGCGCAAUCACCAACGUCUUCAAGCGUCAUACCUCAACAUCCGAAUCUCGCAGAGCUAUCGUCAACUGCAAGACCUCGAGAGCAAGCAACUCAUUUACGAAUUACUUGAUCCCCACGCCGACUUCUCGGACCGAUACCAUCGGUACUCAUCGAGCCUUAUCUUCGCGCUGGCCUACGGCAGACGCCUACCCAAAGGCGACGAAUCCGAAGUCAAGGCCAUCGACCAAGUGAUGGAGAACUUCCUUUUCGCAGCGCGGGUGGGGACAUGGAUCGUCGACGCGCUCCCUGCGCUUAACUACUUGCCUGACUUCCUUGCACCGUGGAAACGGUAUGGAGACGAACUUCACAAGUUCGAGUCAAAAUUGUACAUGGGCAACAUGGCUCAAGGGCUGAAAUCGACGUCGUGGAACUGGGCCAAGCAGGUCCAGGAUAUGAAAGAAGCCCAGGAAAUGUCUCCCAAGGAACUCGCUUAUGACGUAGGCAUCAUCUACGAAGCAGGCAGCGAUACCACAACCAUGGCGCUCGAAGUGUUCACAUUGGCCAUGCUUCUGUACCCGGACGUGAUGAAGAAGGCUCAAGCCGAACUCGAUUCCGUCGUCGGAUCGACCACUUAUCCAGGCUUCCUUGACAAGGAGCGACUGCCUUAUGUUGAUGCCGUGAUCAAGGAGACGCUGCGUUGGCGACCAGUCUCCGCGGGCGGAAUCCCGCAUGCUGUCAUCCAAGACGAUGAGUACAUGGGAUACUUUAUCCCGGCAGGCGCCACGGUGAUCGGAAACCACUGGUCCAUCCACCUCGACGAAGCUGUUUAUAAGGAUCCUGACACUUUCAACCCGGACAGAUGGAUUGAGGAACCCAAUCUCCCCUUGGACACUUUCGGAUUCGGGCGCCGUGUCUGCACAGGUCAGCAUAUUGCGAAGAAUUCCCUAUUCAUCAACAUCGCGCGGAUUCUUUGGACAUUUAAUGUUGAGUAUAAAUAUGAGGUGGAAAAUGGCGUGAAGAGACGUUGUGAAGUCGACCCCUUUGCCUUUACCCAGGGAUUUAAUUCGCGGCCGUGCAAAUUCAAGGCUGAUUUCAGACUGAGAGAUAAAGGGAGGGCUGAUCUUGUCAAGCAACAGUGGGAUGCAGCGGAGAAGAAUCUGGAUUCGAUAUUGGCCAGUAUUAGGGCCGAGAAUACGAAAUAA